UGAACACGCAAGAAAUCAACGUGUCGAACGCGACCGGUUUCAUUCUUAAGAUUUAUCAAAUUUUUCAGCACGUGCGUGGCUAAAGGCAGGAGGGGCACUGGUUGCACGACAUUCGUGCACCAACGAUUGGUUGCAUGUCGGGGGCACGGCUGUACCGUUUAUAAAUAAAUUAGCACUCUUUAGCGUGCAGCGUCGUGCGAGUUAAAUUGAAACCGGCCAGUGCACUCGGGGAAUUUGCGCCGGCGGUUUCGGUCAAUCGUGUGCGUGUGUUGUUGGAAGUCGCUACUCGACCACCGUCUACACCGCUCGAAACUCGCCUCUGUCGUCCGCUUCUUCGACGAUUGACGCGCGUUCGGGGACACGUGUGAGUGAUACGUGUAUUUUACGUCGUGCAUGUGAAAUCAAUUCCAGUAUUAUCUACGCAUAAAUGUGCGCUACCGAGGAACGAACAUAACCUCGAAAUCCCACAGAUUCGUAUCUGUUUCUCGAGGUCAAAUGCUAGCAAUAUGUAUAUUUAUAUAUUAUGAGACAUGCUGGUGAGACAGCCUUAAGGUGAAAUGUUCCGUAGUUUACCAGAUAGGGUGGCGGGGCUUUAUUAUGCCCACGGCCUGUUCUGCUCUUCUCAUCCUGUUGCAGUUAUUUCAUUGGCAAUAUCGAUAGUAAUGCUAUGUUGUUAUCCUUUGGUCAAUUUACCUAUGCCUGGCAACGCGCCAAGGGCUGUAAUCAAUCAUACUAUUGUACCUGAAAACAGCACAGAGAAUCAUGUGUUCUAUGUGCAACAAGUGGUAUUAAGGGUCGGAGUUAUUCCAUGGACAGAGGAAUUAACAUUAAUGGAUGCUUUCCGGGGUCCACUUUAUGAAAUUUUUAAUCUUUUAGAGAUUAUACAGAAUUAUCAGCAUCCAGAAACAUUAAAAACGCUCGGUCAAGUAUGUUUACACGUCGAAGCUGUUAAAAGAAAUGGCAAAAAGUCGGAUGUUUUGCCAGAGUAUAAUUGUUUGGUUCUUUCCCCUGCGAACCUGUGGCAACGAAGUAUUGAGUUAUAUGCACAAGAUACAAAUCUUAUAAACACAAUCUAUUCAUAUCAGAAUCUACAAAAGGGUAAAAUUAGUUUAGCUGAAAUAAUGUUCGGAAUGAAUCUUAAAGAAACUGGAACAAAACGAUAUCCCAGUCGUCUUCGACAAAGGAUUUUACAAUAUGCAGUAACUAUUUAUUUAAAGGAUUAUGAUCCCGAAUUUAUAAGAGGAUUGAAACACAGAUUAAAAACUUAUUACCACCUUCAUCAAGUAGGUGACAAUGAUACUUACGAUCGCGUAGAUGAAACGUUACACAUCUUAUAUCCUGGUGAAUUCAAUUACAGUGAUUUUUUCCCACUAAUGAUGACAUUCUUUGCGUUAUUUUUCUACGUCUAUUUCUCUGUGCGAAAGAUAGAAUUAAUAAAGUCGAAAAUCGGCAUAGCAUUUAGCGCGACUGUAACGGUGAUCAGUUCACUCUCAAUGACCGUCGGUGUAUGCUUUUUUUUUGGCUUAACGUUAAGUCUAAGUGGAAAAGAAGUGUUCCCAUAUUUGGUGAUUAUCGUAGGGUUGGAAAAUGUUUUGAUAUUGACCAAAAGUGUAGUUAGUACGCCGACACAUUUGGACGUGAAGAUACGCGUUGCUCAAGCUUUAUCCAAAGAAGGUUGGUCCAUUACCAAAAACCUACUCACUGAAGUAACGAUAUUGACGAUCGGAUUGUUCACCUUUGUGCCAGCCAUACAAGAGUUCUGUAUAUUCGCCAUCGUUGGAUUAGUCAAUGAUUUCUUCCUUCAGAUGGUGUUCUUUUCAACGAUCCUCGCUAUCGAUAUUAAACGUACCGAAUUAUCCAGCGAGACGUCGAAAUUUCAUUUGCCAAAUAUUCCAACUACCCGCAAACAACAAUUUACAACUACCAUAACGAACAGAAAGCCAAACAUAUUUCGAUCAAAAUCCCAUCCAAGGUUGAACGGUUUGGCUAGCGGUCCCACGAAUGUCAUAGCACCGAACACACAGAACACCCAUACGCUUGGAAAAAUCCCGAAACGUCUCCGUUUAGUACAUUUCUGGGCAAGAACUCGAAUAUUUCAACGUGCCUUCAUGGUAUGGAUGGUCGUUUGGAUCAGUAUGAUCAUUUAUAAUUCCGGCAUCGUCGAGCAUGUCAUACAUUUAAGCGAGACAUUGAAACCGGAAUCUGAUAUCGAUGGUUACACUGUAGACAGAUCCCAUGCUUUAAAUAAUUACGUUGAAUUAAAUACAAUGAAACCGUUAUCAAUCCCUUCGGCUGCUGUUGCUCCCGAUCACUUAAAUAAACAGAAUGAUCUAACGAACAACAUUACUGAAGAAUUAAAUAAAUUGAGACCGGUAGAUUUUCCACCUUGGAAUCGUUUGUCGCUUUACCACUGGUCCUCGAUUCUCUCUAUGUACAACAUCUCUGCCGCUGGCGGUCGCAUAACUAUAUUACCAGCAGUGAAAAUAUCCCAUGCUGUGAGCCCACAAUUGGCCAAACAAAUCAGCAAUCCAAACGAUGUCCAGCAUUUUCAAUGGCAGAGCCUUGCGACUGCUGCUCUUGAUCCAUUAGACUUCUCGGAUAUGGAAUUACCAACCAGAUCCGAAGGUCGAGGUUUCAACGCUGACGCCCCCUUCAUUCCAUCCAGCCCAAUGGAAAUAUUCUUAGCCGCGGUACUUUGCCUGAUCAGUGUCAUUGUUGUCGCUUACACGAUGGUCGUUCUUUAUCGUUGCAUCUGUUCGAGAAACUAUGCCGAAUGGAGAGCCAGCUGGUACCAACCAGAGAAGGCGCACGAUUCAGCUACGCAGCUAGUACUGGAGGCACUGCCGUUGGUUCUGGAAGGCCACACUCAGGAAGUGGAGUGCAUUGCCACGGAUAGCAACACCAUUGCUAGUACGUGUUUAGCAGGUCACAUCAGGGUAUGGGACGCGACGUCGGGUGAACAGUUAGUUCACAUAGAUAGAAAGCAAUUUUUCAGUAGCCCUAAGAAAAAUCUGAACCACGUCACGUCGGACAUGGACGAGUUAAUGUCGGAUUACGAGAGUGGUUCACCACCUUCCAGAGGGGAAAUGGAGGGAAAUAAUUCAUUUGGUCUCUACUCGUCAGCCUCGACUGUUCCCUACAGAAAGUCGUCACCUGGAUUGUACAAUAUCCACAGGGCACAGAACACGAAUAGAAAUCACUCGAUGGGUAACACGUUUGAUUACGAUUAUCAGAUCAACGAAUUCGGGGUGGAAAGAAGGAAGAACGUUCGUAGGAGCUUGGACAGUUACUAUGAUCUUCCUGAUCUAAAAUCAACGAUAAACGUGAAAUUUUCCACCAUGAAACGCUCCUCGUUGCAGCAGAAUUACGAACAGGGAUUUGAUUUCGGUGAUCACUAUAAACAGCUUUUCGAGGAACAUAAUAGAUCGAUUGACGAAUUACAGAAGUCGGAGAGCUUUGAACAGUUGUACAUUCCUAAUGGAAAAGUGAAUUCAUCCGGUUUGGUGGACAGUAUAUCUUCCUUGAGUACCGACCGUACCGUGCAGAUCAUGCACUCGGUGUCUCCCAUUUGGUGCAUGGAUUAUCAGGAGAACCUGAUAGUAGUGGGAUGCGCUAAUGGGAGUUUAGAAUUUUGGGAAGGUACCACGGGCAGAUUUAAGUGUUUAUUUGACGAUGGUUCAGGGCUCGGAAUAUCCGCCGUUAAGUUUGUCGGAAGUAGAGUGGUGGCGGCCAAGUUGAACGGUUCCAUUGACUUCCUGCAGCUUGAAAGUUACAGCGAAGGUCAACAAAUUGAUUGGGGCUUCACCUCGUAUAGAAGAACCCACGUUAGAACCGGAAGCGCUGGGUCGCCUAUGGACAUAAACAACAUCAUGCAAUCGGAGGAUCUCCGUUGUAUGAAAAUCGGUUCGCAUAAAGCACACCAGCAAGCAAUAACCGUGCUCGACAGCGUAGGUGGUCGAGUUUUAACUGGUAGUCAAGAUCAUACUCUUAAAGUAUAUAGGCUAGAAGACCAGUUGCCAUUGUACACUCUUCAUGGUCACUGUGGGCCCAUAUCUUGUCUCUUCAUUGACAGGAUGAGUCCUAUGACAUCCGGUAGCGGAUCUCAAGAUGGCUUGUUAUGCGUCUGGGAUCUUCAAACUGGGACAUGUAUGUACAGUAUACAAGCUCACGACGGUGCUGUGGCAGCUAUUACUUGUUCCGUGUCGUAUGUGAUAAGCAUCGGAACCGAUGAAAGAUUGUGUGUAUGGGAACGAUUUCAGGGACAUUUGUUACAUGCUCUUCCAGCACACAGAUCAGCGUAUAGUCUACAAUUAGUCAUGUUGACGCAUCAUCUACUCAUAACCAGUAAUCAGGGAUCGCUAAUAGUUUGGGACGUCAGGACGGGUGAGCCUGUACGAGAAGUAAGAUUGGGCCACAAGGAUAGUUGUAUUUUCGUAAAACAAAUGUUAGUUUUAAGGGAUAGCGUAGUGUGCGAUUUCGGGCGACAAUUACGCAUAGUCAGAUUCCCGUUGGUAUCUGAUAAAUUAGAUUAAUAUCUGUAUAUGCACGUUGCUGUUUCAUCUUGUUUCUUCUUUCUUAUUUAAUUUCUAACAUUUGAGCAAAGAAAUCCUACGCUCUUGGGGAGAUACCGAAAUUUUUUACAUAAUGUACAUUUUACAUUUUAAAACAUCGUCUUGCACACUUUAGGUGUGCGAAUUUUUUACAUUUCGACUACAGCAUAGUCGCGCCUUAAUAUUUAUAGUCUAUCAUGACGAUAAAAGGAAGAAAAAAAAAAUGGUAAAGUACGCUUGUCCUUCUCAGCGAAGUUCGCAUAGAAAAUUUUUAAUCGAUGAAGAGAAAAAUUAUUCGCGUGAAUUUAAAUAUUGAGAGUAUGAAAGCACUAUGAGGAAUGUAAAACUGAAGACAAUGAUACACGUGAUACGAUAAAUCCAUAUUUUUUAGAUAAUCGAAUAACGUUUGGUAUCCGUUCAUUGUCUAGAAAUAAAAAAAAAAAAAAACGAAUGGCUGUGCUAUUUUUCGAGGCAUACAUUUUAUUUUUGCGGCGCGAUUUAGCAGCAUUUUCAUGAUAUCGUUGUUUAUAUUCUAUUUAAGAGGUUUCUGAGGUUAGGACGAGAAACUCUGCAUUUGUUAAACCGGUGCUGUUUAACACAGAAGUGCUGGAAUUUCACCUCUGUGUUGUAAAAUCGAGAAAUUUAUUUACCAAAAAAAUAUAUAUAUAGAAUGUAUCGGUUUACCAAAAAUCAAUUUAGGAUCAGAAAUUUUAUUAUAUCCCAUUGAAGUGUUUAAAUUGAACAAAUUUUAAGAUUGAAGUAUGAGUGUAUUAGUAAGAUUUCAUUUGUUCUAUGUGUAAUUCUGUUACGUGCAUCACGGUCUAACAGAGUGCCUUUAAUUCUAUCUUUAUUUAGUUGGACUAAAUAAAGAAAAUGUAGGAAUGGACUACAUUGAAGAAAUAGAUCUCAGUCUUCUAGUACGUAGCCCUUCUAUGUAGAUUGAGGAAAGAAAAGGCUUUUGAACUUACAAUUAAUUACAUUCAUACGCUAAAUGAAAAUUCAUCGUAAAAUGUUCAUUAAUGGAGUAAUAUAACUUUACCAGCCAAGAGUUCUUCUUGCGAGGGUUGAACUCUUUGGAUGGAAACGUUGCGUUCAAGGAUUCAGUGUUUAACAUCCCGUGUAUUAAAAAACGUUUAGUCUCGUUUAGCUUUAGUGGUCUAUUUUUGUAAGGAGAAUCGUUGUACUCAAACGAACUAAAGUGGGUCCUAUUUUAUACGUAUAUACAUUAUUGUAGAUGAUGGGUGAAAGCGUACCCUUUCACUCUCUGAUACAUUUAUAGUUCAAAGAAGAAUAACGUACAGGGUGUGCAUGUCGAGCCAAUGUUAUAUUCUUCUUUCGAAUGAGCUGCAAAUGUUGAUUGAUCAUCAAGUCCAUGUGUGAAACUAUAGAGGAUCGUUAUUGAACAGAGUGUUCAACGUUACACAAAGGAUUCCUAACAAUUAACUAAACUUGCGUUUGAAUGAGAAUUUCACUACUUUCAAUUGUAAAUAUGAAAUGUGUCUUUGGUUUACUGGAGUGUGUAUUUCUAUGCUUCCAAUCAUGUGAUACCUAACUUCCAGUGAUGUAUUUAGGGUUUUGAAAAACAUAAGAAAUAAUGAAACAAAGAGUUCAAACGUAUAGAAAUUUUUAUACAAAUGAUUUUAGUUAAUUGUUAGAGGAUUCUAGCUUCGAUAGAAAUUUGGCAUGUGUGUUAUGAAAUGAAUGUUAAAAAAUAGUGAUCUAUACGCCUUUAGACUGAACUAUAUGACGAUUUAUAUUGACAAGUUUCUUUUAUUUUCUGAUACCAUGUUUGGAGACAACUAGUGCUCGGUCAUUCAUCUAUUAAUAAUAGAGGUAUAUAUUUUUCUUAACCAAAGUUGUAAAUGUUAUCAGGUCAUGACACACUCGGUAACUAGUAGAAAUUAAUUAAAAAGACAAAAGGAAAAUGGAGGGAAAAAAAAGAUGUACUUCUAACAGCACAGUUGGCUGGCUAACGAUCAUUUAGAAGUCCGCGUGAUUUUUAUAUUUAUUUAAUUAAUUUAACACGUGCAAAUGUGUCGUACACCAAGAUAUAUCAUUCUUAAUAAAUUCUCAGAUUUAUUAGA